AAGCGUAAAAACUAAAAAGAAAAAAGAAAAAAGAAAAAAGAAAGUAAACUUGAAAACCAAAAGAACUCUCUUCUUUCUUUUCUUCAUCGGAAAAUCUCUCUCGGGAGGAACAGUCAUCCAACGGCAAUGACGGAGGAGAGCGGCGCUAGGGUUUCCAAUGAUGCAUCGCAAACAAGGCAAAGAAAGAAAAGAAAGUGGGAUCAACCAGCGGAGCCAUUGGUUUCAGCUGGUUUAGCGGUGCCUGGGGCGCUCCCAUUAGGCAAUGUGGGAUUGCUUGGUGGGAUGACGCUUCCCGGUGUAAGUCCAGUGUCCGGUGCGAUGAAUCCACUUGCUGCUGGCUUUCCUACUGUACCGCAGGCGUAUCAGGUGCCUCUGAUACCGCAGCAAGCUGCAACAGUUAUCCAGAAACUAAUACAACCAAAGAUCCAAGAUGAGUUAAUAGCACGAGAAAUUGUUAUUAAUGAUGCAGAGUCUUCUAUUCGGUACAAGCUGACAAAACGCCAAACACAGGAGGAGAUCCAAAGGUGCACUGGUGCUGUGGUGAUAACAAGGGGCAAGUAUCAUCCACCAAAUGCGUCAACUGAUGGUGAAAAGGCAUUAUAUCUUCAUAUUUCUGCAGGGGCUAAUAUAAAAGAGACGACCGAACGGAUUUUAGCAGUUGAUCGUGCUGCUGCCAUGGUUGAAGAAAUGUUGAAACAGGGUCAAAAUUUACAUCCCUUGUCAUUGUUGUCUUCUUCUACCGUGAGUAAUGGACUGAAGGAACCAAGCACAUGUGUAUAUCUGGGCUUUGAUGCAGAUCCAUCAUUGAACAUUGCUGCCCGUAUACGUGGACCAAGUGACCAGUAUAUAAAUCACAUUAUGAAUGAAACAGGAGCAACUGUCUUACUCAGAGGGCGUGGUUCAGGAAAUAUUGAUUGUUUACAUGGUGAAGAAGGACAACAACCAUUGCAUCUGUUCUUGUCAAGUAAUAAUUUGAAAAGUCUCGAAGAUGCUAGGCUUUUGGCUGAACAUCUUUUGGAUACAAUCAGCGUAGAGUGUGGUGUCUCCAGGGUUUCUUCAUCUAAGGUUUAUAGUGCUAUUGCACCCCCACAGCAGGUAUAUAGUGCUGUUCCUCCACCACAUCAGUUGUCGGCUGGAGUUCAGAGUUCUGGAAAUGAGAUAAAAGCCAUUACAACUUUGGCGUCUGCAACUGUCGGUCUUACACCAGCUCCUCCGGUUUCCUCAGUUGGGACUCCUGUGACCACUACCGUUUUUACUCAAGGGACAGUAUCUCAGUCUGAAGGAUUUUCAAACUGUGUGCAAUCUCAGGCAAGCAGUGGUGGUUGUCCACAACUCCCAUCUGGUGGAACAAUCUACAGUGGAUAUGGUGGGAUAUAUCCUCAUGUCACACCUUUACAACAAGUUGCCCUGGCCCUUAGACAGUCAACAUCCCCUAUCACUUCUACAAUUGCUCCCACAACAUCAGUCCCAAGCACUGAACCAAAGUUGAAUACGAAAUUCAGCUCUGAUUCUGAGAAGGAAAAACGGCCUCCACAAAGACGGAAGUUUCAGGAGUUACCAGUUAGUUUGAAGGGUCCUGCCAAAGUUCAUCAGGAAUUGGACUUAUUAAAGCCACCUGAACUGGUGUCAGAUUUGGGUGUGAGGAAUGUAUUAACUAUGCCAGCUCCAAAGAAGUUGGUCCAGCAGGUUUCAAAUGGAAUGCCGCCACCGCCACCCAGAACCAUGCCUCCACCUCCACCAAAAUUUACAUCAUCAACACAGGUUGUUAAAGAGAUUGACAAGAACAAUGUUCUGAAAAAGACAAAAUCUGAUAAUGUACCUGAUACUUUGGUCAAGCUCAUGGAAUAUGGAGAAGAUGAUGAUGACUCUGAGGAAACUGAUGAACAGUCACCCAAUAGCAACCCUGUUGCAGUAACAGCUCGAAAGCCUUUCUGGGCUUUAUGAGUUGUCAGUUAGUGGAGAAUGGUUUCAGAUAAUACAUCAUAAUGAAUGAGCUCUUUCAACACCAUGUUUUGGGAAUGUUGACCUUUGCUGUAGUGUGUUUUUCCAGUUAGGGAUCUGUUUCGGCACUUACUGGUCACUUUUCUCUGGAGUCGUCAGCUAGUGGAAAAGCUGUGUUGUACUUGUAUCUUAUCCUGGUUCAAGUAGGUCGAGAUUAGUAGCAUAGUUGUAGUUUAAAAAGCAAUUUCUUUUUCAUUAGAUUGUGAACAUGCGUGCGGCACUGCAGAUUUGUAAAAAUGACAUAACAUGCAUAUCGGUUUCUUCCGAGUAUAUUCGCUGUGAUGUUCAGUGUAUGUCCAUUCAGAAUCAAGCAGGUUAGAUAUGACAAAUUUUUUCUGGUAUAAAUUCACCGAACAUUUCAGUCCA